AGCAUUUAUCAGCCAAAGACGUGUAAGCCAUUCGCUGCGCAACGCCACAAACAACGCUCCCGACUGACGGUUAAUAACUUCUUGCUGCCUUCAGCAUGGUAAUCUUUACGCUACCCAGUUGCAGUUGGUUGAAUUUUCAUUGAAUGUGUCACGUAACCGCUGCGCAAACGGUCGGACGGUCAGCAUACACUUUUUGGAAUCGGCAUAUAAAAAGCAUUUGAAAUACUUUUGCCAGCUAGUAGUCUAAGUUAUUUCAGAGGCAAAAACCCACUCGACACCACCAACCACCAAAACCACCAAAAUGCAACGUUCAAUUUGCGCCAUCGUUCUUGUUCUUGCUGUUGUGAAUGCAGCUCCUUAUGGUAGCAGCAGCGGUGGCUAUGCCGCCCCUUCUCACGCCCCAGCGCCAAUCUACAGCAGAGAAGCCAUAGUCAGUCAAGAGGGGCCAAGCGUUUUGUAUGAUAUUCCUGCUCCAUCGCACUGGAACUUAGCUCCCGCAGCAGCAGCCGGUCCCGUACUCACACCAGUCAAUGCCCAUCACAUCUCUGGCUCUGGUACACCAUCGUCGCUGGUUGGCAUCUCCUCGCAACCAAGUGCCAUUGCUGCUGCAGCUUCUGCCAACGUGCCACUGAACGCUGACUCGUACAAACUUUUGAUUGUGCCCUCCUAUGAAGUGCCCAAUAUAGUCGGACCGGAGCCAGCGCUUCCCGCCCAUCGCCCAUCAUCAGCUGGUAUUUACGGCAUUCAAUCGGCCAGUUAUUAAUUCAACGGCCUUUGAAGUUUCCAAAUGAACUUAAUGAGACUUUGAAUU